GACACAGCGGCGAACAGUGGCACCAGACCAAGCGCGACCAUCCGGAGCAGCUCAAAUCGCCCAUGAGGGUGGUUAUGUUCCAGCACCUGUUGGAAUCCGUGCUGACCGAGUUCAUGGCCAUGAUGGACAGCCCCUCGUCCCGAUCGUCGGCUCAGAAUCAGGACUUGCUGCUUCCGAACGGGAGAAGUCGGACCCAGCCUCUCGCCAACAUGUGAGGGACGAGACACUGGAAACAGUGGAGGCCGAGGAUGUCAAGAUUGCCCUGGAGGAGCUCGUGGUACUAUGCACCAAGGACCUCGUGGUGACCAGGUUUCAUGGGAUGCGGAAGCUCACUCUUCUUGCAUCCCCGACACUGGGAAUGCUCCUCGAGGAGUUUUCAUUCGCACGCACAAAACGCCUCCAAAUGAGCGCUCUGGCCAAGAAGCUCUCCAUCGCGCUGAGUGUCGCAUUAGUCCUGGGCACGCGGCUUGGCAACAACAAAAACUAUUCUUAUGCCAGGAUUGGUUUUGCAGUAUUUCAGUCCAAGGGCUGGUCGACAGAUGGCAUCAACAGGCUGGGAGUGCAAGGGCAAUCAAGAGGCGUUUCAGUCUAUAGUGGUCAUUACCAGAACAUUUUCUGCAGAAGCGACAACCUUGAGUUCUUCAUUGGUGAUGAUGACACAUCUGCUCUUCCGAUGGUGCUAGAUCUCUACAUCUACGAUGUCUGCUUUGGUUUCUGCGAAUCGGCUGCAUACGGCCUGGAGAACGAGGUGGAGCUGGAGUUGGACCUUCAGAGCGGCUCGGAGCGACCAGGCUCUCCAUACGCCCUGCUUGACUUGCCUCCUCCGCUGCUGCGGGUGGCGCGGUAUUUCAGGCGAGCCUUUGUGGUGCCCUUCUUCGAGGAGAUGGCUACUGGCGAGGUGGCUCCAAACUUGCACCACGUGGCACGCCACUACGACGAUCUUCCAGAUUUUAUGAUGAUUCUCCACCCGGAUGCCUAUGAGCACAUCCCGAUCUUGUCCUUCGUGGCGUUGCUCAACUCCCUGGCGCUGAGGCUCUUUCCUGACGUGGGCUUUUUGCACCUGGGCCGACGGUUCAAUGGGCCAGUCGACGCGUCAGGACGUGUGGGCAGUGAGAUCCAGAGCUACUGCCGGAUGCGUGCUCCCAGCAAGGGCUCGGCGGCCAGGCGUUCCGUCUUUCGAGGGGAUUCCUUCCUCGAGCGAUACACGAUGCGGACACCCUCAGGUCGCUACUGUCAGUGGGUCGAAGUCGCCUGGGAGCUCCUGUUCGACCGUCCUCCAAAGCUUCCCGAGGACGACUACGGUGGCUACGACUUUGCGCAGUACAUCGCAAGCCGGCGAGCCGCAGAGAGCAGGCCGAAGGCUUUCUGGCAAAACGCUUGGCGCUCUCUCUGCAGUGCCAGCAACUACCAGCUGCUGCUUGGAACCAAGUUUAUUUCUUGGAAGGAGAUCACUUCCACAGAAGGAAAGCGCAGGCUCUAUAAGUUUCACAAGGGCCUGACCACGGCCUUCGAGCAUUUGUAUCACGUGAUCUUCAACCCGAGAGCCAAGACCUGGCGGUGGCCGACCCGGCCGCGCAAUCCGUCGCUUCCGCUGGGCCUGAAGCUCACGAAGGGCGGACUCGGAGUGGGCAACCUGGGACAGCUCCGGGAAUACCGCUGGGCGCCACAUCAGCCACUCUAG